UUCUUUAUCUUUUAUCAGAUAAAUUUUUUAAUUAUAGUCCUGAACUUAAAAACUUAAACUAUUGAAGGGAAGCUCACCGCCUCCUUUAAUUUGCCUUCAAAAAUGUAAACUUUAAUUAUUCAACACUUUAAUAUAAAUAUGAACACCAAAUAAAAAGUAACAACCAAAAAAAUAAAUAGUAGCAAGUGUGGAGGAAAAUCAUCCCAUAAUGUGGGGUCUAGUCAAAUUUCAAAGUUGCAUUGCUACUUUAUUCACUAUAUAAAAAGAAGCAUAGUGUAGAAGAAAAUCAUCCAAUUACUACAAGAAAAUAUAUUAUGGAAAGGGAAUUAGUAGUAGAAGAAAUGAAAAAUAUUAGUAGUACAACAAAUUCUUUAACAUCAUCUCCUCAUGAUGAUUCAAAACCAAAAAGUCCAUUUUCUUCAAAAAUAUUAAUGAGUCCUUUAGCAAGUGCAAGUCCAAUAAUGAAGAAAGCUUUAACAUAUAUGGAAGAAAUUGGUCAUCUUACAAAGCUUCAUGAUCCUGCUCUAGAUGCUUGGCUUCCAAUUACUGAAUCAAGAAGUGGAAAUGCAUAUUAUGCUGCAUUUCAUACACUUUGUUCUGGGAUUGGUGUCCAAGCUCUACUUCUACCUCUUGCUUUUAUCACACUUGGAUGGAUAUGGGGGAUCAUAAGUCUAUCGUUAGUAUUUAUGUGGCAAUUAUACACACUUUGGUUACUCAUUCAACUUCAUGAAUUUGCCCCUGGCAUGCGCAAUAGCCGUUAUCUUGGCCUUUCAAUGGCUGCUUUCGGUGAAAAACUUGGAAAGAUUUUGGCCCUAUUUCCAACAAUGUACCUAUCAGGUGGUACUUGUGUUACACUUAUUAUGAUUGGAGGAAGCUCUAUGAAGAUUUUCUUCCAAACUGUUUGUGCUUCAAAUAGCCAUAUUACCACUCUAAGUACCAUAGAGUGGUACAUUGUGUUCACUGUUUCAGCCAUAGUUCUUGCUCAACUCCCUAAUUUAAAUUCUAUUGCUGGAAUUUCUCUUGUCGGUUCGAUCUCCGCGGUGACCUAUUGUACCUUGACAUGGGUAAUUUCUGUUGUAAAAGAACGGCCACAAGGUGUUCCAUUUGAACCUGUUGAAAAUACAUCUGAUGUUGCAACAAUUUGUACCAUCUUGAAUGCUCUAGGAAUGAUAGUUUUUGCAUUCAGGGGCCAUAAUCUUGUUCUUGAGAUUCAGGGUACAAUGCCUUCUAGCUUAAAGAAUCCAUCUCAUGUGCCAAUGUGGAAAGGAGUCAAGUUCUCAUAUUCUAUCAUUGCUUUGUGUUUGUUUCCAUUGGCAAUUGGAGGCUACUGGGCUUAUGGAAACCUGAUGCCAAAUGGGGGGAUAUUGAGUGCACUGGACAAAUACCAUGGAGAAGACACUUCAAAAGUAAUUCUAGGGAUAACAAGUUUACUGGUGGCAAUCCAUUGCCUUACCUCAUUCCAAAUCUAUGCAAUGCCAGUGUUUGACAAUUGGGAGUUGAAGUACACCAGCAAGAAGAAGAAACCAUGUCCAUGGUGGCUAAGAACAGGAUUGAGGGUAUUCUUUGGAUGCCUAACAUUUUUCAUAUCAGUAGCACUCCCCUUUUUGCCAAGUUUGGCUGGGCUUAUUGGUGGCAUUGCUCUGCCUGUUACCUUGGCAUAUCCUUGUCUAAUGUGGAUAAUGAUCAAGAAACCUAAAAGAUACAGUCCAAGUUGGUUUGUUAAUUGGUCACUUGGACUAUUGGGUUUGGUUCUAAGUAUUCUUUUAGUAUUUAGUGCAAUAUGGACAAUAGCAACUCAAGGUAUGGAUGUCCAUUUCUUCAAGACCCAGUGAAUACCAAAAAAGUUCGGGUAAGCAAUAAAAUCUAACUAGGAGCUUAAUUGGUCAAAACUGAGGAGAAAAAUAACCUUUACAGCAGCCAGCCAACAAGAUGUCCAAGUUGAAGCCUCUUCAUGCGCUCUGUAAAUAUAAAAGCACACAAGCACUUAUAUCUUGUUGUCACAUUCAAUGAUGUAUUAUGUAAAUAUCCUAAUGCUUGUUAAGGAAAAUAAAGUGCAGACAUCAAAGAUCAAUAUUCUUCAUGA